AGACUGACACAAAAGCAUUGCAGUCAGUGCAAAAACGCGCUUGCAACGAAACGGUUUUGCGACAAGAACAAAUCCAUUAGUUUAUCGAGUAACCCGAACCACAUUUCAAAUCACUUAAAUUAAGUCGUAAAGGAUUUGGUUUGACAAUAAAAUUGCCUGUUGAAGAGUGUAGUCGACGCGUUUAUUCGAGAUGCGCUUACUUCCGCCGGUGGCGUUGCUAUUGUUGGCGGUCGCGUUAACAACUGCGGUACCACUGCCUGUCAAGGAUAAGGAUGAAUCCACUUCCCUUUCAGUUGAAGAAGUUGAUACGCCUGAAGCAGGGUCGGACGAGACACUAGAAGACACAAAGUUACUUGAAAAGCGUUCCGCUGACGCCAUACCCGACGUAGACUUGUGCAAACACCACAAGCACAAUAAAGACAGUAAUGAAUUUGGGAGUGAAGAUGCUUACGAGCGUUAUUAUCAACUUGAAAAAGCAUAUAAUAAUGAACUUCGAAGGAAACGUCAGAAAAUUGACAAGAAAGGCUCAUCACAAGAGGAUUCCUCCGAGCUGGCAGGCAGUGAUGUGUUGGCACUGGAAUUACGUAGAAAACGCAAAACUGAAGAUAGUACAUCUGAAGAGGAUUCAUCCGAGGAGAAAGGCAAAUCGGGAGGCGCCGCAGCAAGCGAAGUUGCCAAAAGUUCAGACGGAGCGCGCAGAAAACGAAAAUCGGACGAUAGUUCAUCUGAAGAAGAUUCAUCAGAGGAGAAAGGUAAGCCAGGUGCACCUGGGGCGAGCGAAGGUAAAGGAGCCAAAGGUUCAGAAGGAGCUCGUAGGAAACGAAAAACCGACGAUAGUUCAUCAGAAGAAGAUUCGUCUAAAGAUUCAUUAGAAGAAGAGUCAACUACAAAUACUAUUUCAUCAGAAGAAGAAUCGACCACAAAUUCGAUUUCAUCAGAAGAAGAUUCAUCCGAGGAGAAAGUCAAGCCAGGUGCGGGUGAUGGCCAUGGUAAAAAAGGAUCAGAUGGACCGCGUCGAAAACGCAAAACUGACGAUAGUUCUUCAGAAGAAGAUUCAUCCGAGGAGAAAGGCAAAGCAGGUGCACCGGGUGCAAGGGGUGGCGAAGGGGCUGAAGGUUCAGACGGAGCUCGUAGGAAACGCAAAGCUGAUGAUAGCUCAUCCGAAGAAGAUUCAUCGGAGGAGAAAGGUAAAGCAGGUGAACCAGGUGCAAGCGGUGGUGAAGGUGCUAAAGGCUCAGACGGAGCUCGUAGGAAACGCAAAGCUGAUGAUAGCUCAUCAGAAGAAGAUUCAUCCGAGGAGAAAGACAAAGCAGGUGCACCAGGUGCAAGCAGUGGCGAAAGUGCCAAAGGUUCAGACGGCGCUCGUCGAAAACGUGAAGCGGAUAAUAGCUUUUCAGUAGAAGAUUCGUAUAAUGAUACAUCAGAAGAAGAUUCAACUACAGACACCACUUCAUCAGAAAAAGAAUCGACCACAAAUUCCAUUUCAUCGGAAGAAAAUUCAUCCGAGGAGAAAGUCAAGCCAGGUGGUGGCGACGGCCAUGGUAAAAAUGGAUCAGGUGGACCGCGUAGAAAACGCAAAACUGACGAUAGUUCGUCAGAAGAAGAUUCAUCCGAGGAAAAAGGCAAAAAAGGUGCAUCGGGUGCUGGCGGUGGCGAAGGGGAACAGGGUUCAGAUGGAGCGCGUCGCAAACGCAAAACUAACGAUAGUUCUUCGGAGGAAGAUUCAUCCGAGGAAAAAGGCAAAAAAGGUGGACCUGGGGUGAGCAAUGGCGAAGGAGAAAAGGGAUCAGAUGGAGCGCGUCGAAAACGCAAAACUGACGAUAGUUCUUCAGAAGAAGAUUCAUCCGAGGAGAAAGAUAAAGCAGGUGCAAGCAGUGGCGAAGGUGCCAAAGGUUCAGAAGGAGCUCGUCGAAAACGCGAAGUUGAUGAUAGCUUUUCAGUAGAAGAUUCGACUAAAUACUCAUCAGAAGAAGAUUCGACUACAGACACCACUUCAUCAGAAGAAGAAUCGACCACAAAUUCUAUUUCAUCGGAAGAAAAUUCAUCCGAGGAGAAAGUCAAGCCAGGUGGUGGCGACGGCCAUGGUAAAAAGGGAUCAGAUGGACCGUGUAGAAAACGCAAAACUGACGAUAGUUCAUCGGAAGAAGAUUCAUCCGAGGAAAAAAGCAAAAAAGGUGCAACGGGUGCUGGCGGUGGCGAAGGGGAAGAGGGAUCAGAUGGAGCGCGUCGCAAACGCAAAACUAACGAUAGUUCAUCGGAAGAAGAUUCAUCCGAAGAAAAGGCUAAAGCAAAAGGUAGUGGAGCAAACAAGCUGGACAUCCGGCGCUUAAAACGAAAAGGCGACAAGAAAAUUGUACCUAAGAGCAAUGAAGAUUUGAACGACGUGCUGAACUUCAGUUCGAACUCCGAUGAAAACAGAGAGUCCAAUGAAGUAUUGGAACUUAAAAAAGAUUCCUCUCUGGAAGAUUACGUGCAGGGAUGUGAAGUAAUGGAUGCAGAUUCGGAUGAAGCCAACGAAACGACCUAUAUUGAAGACAGACGUAAACGAUCAUUAGAGAGUGUAGAGAAAACUGAAAGCGCCAAAGGAUCGGUUGAGAGUUCCAAACAAAGUGCAGAAGACAAUACAAGUGAAGAAAACGAUGCAGUAGCUGAUAGCGCAGACGAAUCCCAACAAAUUUCGAACGAACGCCCAAAUGGUAAACAAGUUAUUCCUAAAGCCGAAUCUGAAGAAAGCGAGGAAGAUGACUAGGUUUCCGCCGUGAUGAUUCCUAAACAACUUAGGAGCGAGCCACUCUAGGUGCCCAAAUGAUUUACUGCGCUUUAAUAAUAAUAUAUAACAAUUUGAUGCUGUAUUUUUUAAGUUUCAUGUUAAUAUGUCUUUAAAUAAUAAAUUAUGUACAUACAUUCUAAAACAAAUUUGUUGUACUACUAGAAAAACGAACAUAACAGAUAA